UCUCGGGUCAGUUUGAAUGUCCCGCUCCCCGGCUCUCCCCGGAUGAUCCUCCCGAAUCCCCUCCCCCUCCUUCCUCCUCCGGUAUGGGGAUCGCACACCUGGCCGAUCUGCUCCGAGAAGAGACCCCGGAUGCCAUCCAAUCCCCGCCCCCCGACCACUACCAAGGGAAAGUCCUGGCGGUGGACGCCUCCAUGUUUAUCUGGCAGUUCCAGUCAGCGAUGCCGCCACUUUCCAACCGCCACGGCGAGAACAUCAGUGUGUUACAGGGUCUCUUCAGCCGCACAAUCUACAUGUUGGAGAAAGGAAUGAAACCCGUCUAUGUAUUUGAUGGAGUACCGCCAGAAUGCAAGCGUGCCAAGGUCAACAAAGAUGGAAGUGGUCAUAUCAGGAAAGGAGUCAGAACUGGGCAGUUCCCAGGGUCAGAGAGACAUGGAGACCUGAAGAAACUGCUCGAACUCCUGGGGGUGCCUGUUAUACAGGCUCCCAGUGAGGCAGAAGCCACUUGCGCCACCCUGGUGAAGAACGGUCAGGCAUGGGGAGUGGUGACGGAGGACAUGGACGCUCUGCCUUUUGGCUGCACUCGCCUCAUACGAAACUUGAAAGCUGAUGAGAAGAAGAAUAUUGAAGAGUAUCAUCUUCCUGACAUCCUGAGCAAACUGCAAAUGACCCAAGAACAGUUUGUAGACAUGUGCAUCCUGCUGGGUUGUGAUUAUACUUCAAAGAUCAAAGGUUUGGGGAAGAAGAAAACAUUAAAGAUGAUUCAUGAAUAUGGAACCAUUGAAGGUAUCCUUCCAACCAUCGACCCAAAGGAUCGUAUUCCCCCGGAUUUCUGUUACCAAGAG